GGCCGGGCCGGUAUAAACCGCGGGGCCGCGGCGGCUGCGGGCGGCGGGCUCGGGCGGAGGCACAAACGGCGGCAACGCGCGAGCACCCUGCGCUUGGCGGUCCCAGCAGCACAGCGCUCACCGACCCUCGGACGCCCAAGACCCAACGAUGACUCUGAAUAAUGUCACCAUGCGCCAGGGCACUGUGGGCAUGCAGCCACAGCAGCAGCGCUGGAGCGUCCCAGCCGAUGGCAGGCAUCUGAUGGUCCAGAAAGAGCCCCACCAGUACAGCCAGCGCAACCGUCACUCUGCUACCCCCGAGGACCACUGCCGCCGGAGCUGGUCCUCCGACUCCACGGACUCAGUCAUCUCCUCCGAGUCGGGGAACACCUACUACCGGGUGGUCCUCAUAGGGGAGCAGGGGGUGGGCAAGUCCACGCUGGCCAGCAUCUUUGCGGGCGUGCACGACAGCAUGGAUAGUGACUGCGAAAUGCUGGGAGAAGAUACAUAUGAGCGAACACUGAUUGUUGAUGGGGAAAGUGCAACAAUUAUACUCCUGGACAUGUGGGAAAAUAAGGGGGAGAAUGAGUGGCUCCAGGACCACUGCAUGCAAGUCGGGGAUGCCUACCUGAUUGUCUACUCCAUCACGGACCGAGCCAGCUUUGAGAAGGCAUCUGAGCUUCGAAUCCAGCUCCGCAGGGCCCGGCAGACAGAGGACAUUCCUAUAAUUCUGGUUGGCAAUAAAAGUGACCUGGUGCGGUGCCGGGAAGUGUCUGUAUCAGAAGGGAGAGCGUGUGCCGUGGUGUUCGACUGCAAGUUCAUCGAGACCUCCGCAGCUGUCCAGCACAACGUCAAGGAGCUGUUUGAAGGCAUUGUGAGGCAGGUCCGCCUCCGGCGGGACAGCAAGGAAAAGAAUGAGCGGCGGCUGGCCUACCAGAAGAGGAGGGAGAGCAUCCCCAGGAAAGCCAGGCGCUUCUGGGGCAAGAUCGUGGCCAAAAACAACAAGAACAUGGCCUUCAAGCUCAAGUCCAAAUCCUGCCAUGACCUCUCUGUGCUCUAGGCACCCGGAGUCAGCCAAUGUCCCCCACUGGACAUCACUGAAGGCCAUUGGGACCCAUAAUCUAUAUUAGAUUGGAUUCUUAAGUAUUGUUAGAUGUGGCUUCCCCUAUUGGUAGCUGGGAACUAACGUGCUAGGCUGAUGGGCAACAAAAUGCAUGAGAAAUGAAAGAGCUUUGUGAAGACUCAGUAUUUAUUUAAGGAAAAGCCUGACCUUUGCUACUUGAACACCCAAGACUCAUUAGGGGACAUGGUUGGUAUUCACAUAUGUUUCCUCUCUCCUUUGGCUAGUAGAGAAUUGAAGCCUGCAAAAUGAUGCCUAGACAAGAUUUUUCAUUAUUCAAAUUUUGCCUGGUGUUCUGUUAUGUGAAUUUGAGGCCAAUCAGUGGGUCAUAAACAAAUAUAGGAAAGCCAUCAAAGGAAUUUUUCAAAGGAGGGAGAACUUCUUUCUCUGUACCUUAUAUUUGUGGAGCUAGGACUGCAGAACUGGGUUCAUCACGAUCAUCACUGUUAUUGCUCCAUGAAGCUGUGAAAAGACAUGAUGGACUUGCUGGAAACUAAAGCUUAGUAAACAAUUUUUGUUCAGUGCCCACAGUCAGAGAUCCAGAAGUCUAUAGAAUUGGGAACUGCUACAUGUACCACUAAUGGGUUCAAAAAUUAUAUCUUUACUACUGUUGUCUUCUAAUUUUUUAUUUAAAGGAAAAUUAUUUUAAUCAAAUUCUAUUUAGUCAAACCACGUUUUAUGUUGCAUUAUUUUUAAAAUCGUAGGGCCAUCAUAAAAAAAUAUUUUUAAAAUCUAAAUUAUUGAGAAACUGGAGUGCAAAAUACCAAAUUUUUAAAUAUAAUCGAAAGUCUGAAGUUUUAUAAAACACAAAACAUAAAUACUUCCAGCAUUUUGGGUUGACCCUUUUAUGCCACAGCUCUGCUCUAUUUAUUAUUAUUUUGCAAAAUAACAACCAUUUUAACAUUUGAUAAAGCAUAUUUAUGAACAUGUUUCUUAAUAAGAAAAAUGCCCAUUUUAUUACCAUUUUCUAUCUUUUUCAGAAUAUUCAAGUUUUUACCUAUAUGUCUUAUAAUAAAAUAAAUAAAAUCUUUGAAAAGAAAGGCAUUCCUAAAUGUUUUUCCUCCCGACUCAAGAUGAUUAUGAUCAUUUUGAUGUAGCUUCUAGAGCAAGCACAUUAUAAAGAAACAUACGUAUUAUUUUAUUUCUUCUCUUCAUUGGCAAGAGCCCAGUCAUUAUCUGUUUUAAAGAGUAUCCCUGACAUAUCUCCUUUGACAUGUGAUUCACAAAAAUGUAAAGUGAUUUUUGGCUGAUACAGUUAGGAAGUAUUUGAGGUCAUGUAAAUGCCAAGUUACAGUAAAAGCGAGAUUGACCUUUA